AUGGCAGAGUCGCAAAAUUUAUUAUUACAGCAAAUCAAAGAGCAAGGUGAUCUCGUUAGAAAGUUAAAAGCGGCGAAAGAAUCUAACGAAAAGGGUAUGAUAAUAAACAAAAAAAAACAAGAUCUUGGUCAGAUUGACAGACAUCUAUCUCAAUACAGCUAUAUUUGUGGUUACUUACCUAGUAAAUAUGAUUUAGAACUACUAAAAAGUAUAAAUUUUGAUGUUGAUUUCUAUAAAUAUGUGUAUAUUAAGAGAUGGUGGUACCAUAUGAGGAGUUUCAGUGACUCUGAAAGAUCUUUGUUACCUGACAGUAAACCAACAAGAGAUGUAAUUGAUCUACUAAAACCAUACCAUUCAGUUAAUUAUGAUUAUCAGAUACAAGAAGAGGUAUCCAAAUUAUUGGGAUUAAAAGCACAACUUAACACUGAAGAUGCCGCACCUCAAAAAUUUACUCUUAAGACACCAAAAGGCACCAGGGAUUACAAUUCCCAACAAAUGUCAAUAAGAAACAAUGUUUUGCAGAAAAUUACUACCAUAUUCAAAAAACAUGGAGCAGAGUGUAUUGAUACACCUGUUUUUGAACUGAAGGAAGUAUUAACAGGAAAAUAUGGAGAAGACUCUAAAUUAAUUUAUGACUUAAAAGAUCAAGGUGGAGAAAUAUUAUCUUUAAGAUAUGAUCUUACAGUUCCCUUAGCUCGGUACUUAGCAAUGAAUAAAAUAACAACACUAAAAAGAUAUCACAUUGCCAAGGUUUAUAGAAGAGAUAAUCCAGCCAUGACAAGAGGGAGAUAUAGGGAGUUUUACCAAUGUGUAUGUUUUCGUUCGACGUGCGAUUUCGACAUCGCCGGCCAGUAUGAUCCAAUGAUUCCUGACGCGGAAUGUCUUAAAGUGGUCACGGAAAUCCUAGACGUCCUUGACAUUGGCAAAUACAUACUGAAGGUGAACCACAGACGUUUGUUGGACGGAAUGUUUGAGGCGUGCGGCUUCCGCUCAACUUGCUCCACUAUAGACAAGCUCGAUAAGUUACCAUGGGCGGAAGUGAGAACUGAAAUGAUAAACGAAAAAGGCGUCACCCCCGAAGCUGCAGACAAAAUUGGGGAAUACGUACAACUCAACGGUAGUUCGGAGUUGGCUUUGAAACUCUUGAGUGAUGAGAAGCUAUCGAAAAGCAAAAGUGCUGUGGAGGGACUCGAAGGAAUUAAGCUGUUGUUGCACUAUUGUGAGCUGAUGGGAAUUAAAGAUAAAAUUCUCUUCGAUUUGAGUCUCGCUAGGGGAUUGGAUUACUACACUGGAGUCAUUUAUGAAGCAGUUUUGACGCACCCAAUAAAAAUAGGAAAUGAAGAUCAAACAGUGGGUUCGAUAGCUGGCGGUGGACGGUACGAUAAUCUCGUUGGAAUGUUUGACUCCAAGAAUAAACAGGUGCCUUGCGUAGGAGUGAGUGUGGGCGUGGAACGUAUAUUCUCAGUGCUCGAGGCGAAGUUGGCUGCGGGUGAUAUUGUAGUACGAACGACGGACAUAGACGUAUACGUUGCGUCUGCACAGAAGAACUUCCUCGACGAACGUAUGAAGAUCUGCGCGGAAUUGUGGAAUGCGGGAAUCAAGACCGAGCAAUCCUACAAAAAGAAUCCCAAGAUGCUCAACCAACUCCAGCACUGCGAAGAGAACGGAAUCCCCUUCGCUGUGGUUCUUGGAGAAUCGGAGCUCAAGCGUGGUGUGGUUAAAAUCAGGAAUAUUACCUCUCGGGAAGAGGCUGAAGUUCCUCGAGAGAAAUUGGUUGAGGAAUUGGAGACCAGAAUCGCAAAUUUUGGUCUGAAGGAAAUGAAUGGGUCGACUUAA